AUUUGUGCUUGCACUUCACAUCCUUGGUGAUUUGAAGGAGAAGGAAGAGGAAAAUUUGGAGGCUUGGGGUGUUGUAAAAAUUAUUUAAGGAAGACCAGCAAUUCCACUGGACUUGCAGUCCUGCUUCCUCAGCCCUUCUUAGUCCGAGUAAAACUGUUUAAAAACUGAGAUGGUGCCUCCCUGGGCCCCAUCCCACUUCCUUAAUACUAGGUGCUUGAAGAUGCAUGUCUUGUUUGUAUACCACGCAAGUUUAAGCUCUACUUUCUCUUUAAUAGAGUGUAAACGGAAACUGUGUAUCUCAGUAAUAAUAAUAAAUACUGUGUGGGUUGCAGAAGAGUCACUGGCAGGCAGGUCUAUGCUGGACCCUUGAGUCUUCCAAAGUGAAUGGGUUUUGUCUACUGGAGAUGAAGGAGGAAUGCUACACUGAGCUUAAUGACUACUACAACCAGGAGUACUGUUCUGCAGGAAGAGCAACUGUGCAUAUUUUUAUCAAGGGUUUUCAGGUGAUCUUCACAUUAACUGCAUUUGGAGUAAGUCUUCUUUUAAUGCCAGUCUUCUGACUGGUCCUGGAAUUGGCCUGAAGGACAAGGAAGCCCGUUCCUGUUUGUCCAUGGAGUUCCCAUUUUUUCAUGGAAAGAUAACAAGGAAAGCCUGUGAAGAACUGCUGUGCAAGAAUGGAAAGAAUGGCAGCUAUUUAAUACGAGAAAGUGAAAGCGUGGAAGGAGCCUUGUGUCUGUGUGUUUUCUUUGAAGAACUCAUCUACACUUACCGCAUCUUCAGGGAAAAGCGGGGGUAUUAUAAAAUACAGACUUCUGAAGGUAUUCCAGAAAAGGUAUUCAGAACAUUAAAGGAUUUAAUAUACAACUAUGAGAAACCAAAUCAAGGACUAGUAACAAAUCUUCGCUACCCAGUCAAGAAAACAAGGCCCCUACAAAGAAGCCGGAGGCUCAAGUUAGGAAAGGAUGAUAUUUAUGAUGAAAUUGAUGAAAGUGACUAUGUUGAUGUCUUACCCUGAAUGAUCUGUGAUCUGAUGAUUUGGAAAGCCACCUUUCUAGGCAGCACCACAGCAAAACAGGACAGCUGGGGAGAGCUAAUGUUUGGACAUUCACAGCAGUGGAUCUACACCUAUGGAAUUAGUGCCCUUUGGAGACUGUCAGAGCAGCUGUAUUCUGCCUCAGUAGAUCCCGUAUAAAAUACUGUAUAUUUUUGUGCAUUAUUAAGAGAAUUAUUUUUUUGACGCAUGCACACCUAUAUAUAUAUAUAUGAGGGGAAAGGGGGUCAUGUGUGUUUGUACAUUUUGUGUUUUUUUGUUUGUGGUUUGGUUUUUUUUUAGCAAACUCUCCAAGGUAUCAACUGCUGAAAUUAAUCAUCUGUUAGAAAGCCAGCAAUGUGAAGACAAUACAUGAAUGUGCUUGAAGCCCUAGUUUAUGGCAAAAAUUAUAUAUGUUGAUAAAAAUGAUACAUGCUAAAAAUUCUAUUUGUAUCAUAUGAUGCUUAAAAACUGUUUUUUUGUUUGUGAUUCAUGUUACCUCAUUGUUGGAUAUGUGGGUAGUAGUUUAGCUGUGUUAAGGAAUACCAGUAUUAUUCUGCAGUUUGGAAAAAUCUAAAUUAAACCAAGAAGACUGUUAUAAAUUCAUGCCAUACACAAUUAAUCAGUAACAUGGAAAUGAUUUGAAAUAUUUUUCAUAUUAAUGAGCGGUUCUGGUUUAUAAUUAGAGGAGUGCAAGUUCAACAUCUGUGCAGUUAUGCACAUAUUCUGUGUUGGUUUUUUUUUCCUAUUGGAAAAAAAUUAGGUACUGCAUACAGGAGAAUGCUUACAUUUCAUUUACAGCUGCCAUUACUGUUAUGUGUAUGGGUUUUGUUAUUUUUUAAUGUAAGAACUUGCUUUAUUUUUUAACCCCUCAUUUUAAAUAUUUAAUGUAUGUGUUUGUUCUGAAGGCGGCCUGUAACAACCAGAUAAAGUCACAGCUGUAUGUUCUGAUUCUUCCUCUUGCUAGCACCACCUCCCCCUCGGGCAGUAAUCUUGCGGAAGACGUUUAUAUUUUCUGUAUGUUUAAGAUCUUUCACAAAUGAUUUAUGCAUUUGUUUUAGUAGACUUGUUUCUUAUUAUACAUCUUUUCCACCACUGUUUGUUGAAAGACUUUUAGACCUUUCAGUGCUUUGGACUUCAUUGUGACCUUACUAAUGGUUUUUUGAUGCCAGGAUAAAGGGGUUAUUUGUUGCAUGAAGGAAACAAAAACUAAGAAGAUAAACUAAUUCUCGUAUGAGAAGUGCUAAUAUGUGUCCCCAAAAAGGAACUGAAAAUAAAGCAGUUGUUCAUUUUAAAAAAAAAAAAAAAAA